AAAUUAAUUAGCGCAACAAGAAAUAUAUUUAUAUUUAGAUAUUUUCUGAUUAUUAUUACAUUUCUAUGUUCAACAGUAGGCGUUUAUGUUGCGUUAUUAGGGGGUUUUGAAUCGGGUUGGUCAUGUUUUAACUUGAAAGUCCUACUUUUUGCGGUGUUUGCCGUUAUCUUUGACGACUUGAAGCCUUGUGACGUCUUUUUUUUUUUAAGUUAACGACAACUUUCCAGUUGAAAUUAAGACAAGUCGUUUUAAUUUUACUCCAUUUGAGUGGCUCUACGUUGUGCGGAGAACGGCGGAGGAGGACCAGGGAGCCACGUCAACAGGAACCGACGACAGUGCGACAAAACCUGCUUCGGUUAGCGUCGUUAGCCACUCGGCACCGCAGGUAGACGUCGCCAUUAACGCUUUUUAACCAAAACAGUGGUUGUCAAGGCAAUAUAAACAUGGUCGUCCGGAGAAGACUCGGCUGCCAGGACCUCCUGGCGGCGUCCCUGCUCCUGUGCGCCAUUCAACUGGGCGUGGACGUCAGAGCGCGGCCGGCCAACAUGUCCGUCGCCACCAAAGACAAGAACACCAAGGACGACAACGAGAUCCUCCCGCCGGGCCACUUGAACGGCGUGAAGAUGGAGCUGGACGGCCACCUCAACAAGGACUUCCACCAGGAGGUCUUCCUGGGCAAAGAGAUGGAGGAGUUUGACGAGGACUCUGAGCCGAGGCGGAACAGGAAGAAGCUUAUUGAUAUCUUCACAAAAGUGGAUUUCAACAAGGACCGCAGUGUGAGCGCCAAGGAGAUGCAGCGCUGGAUUAUGGAGAAGACGGAGGAGCACUUCCAAGAGGCCAUGAAGGAGAACAAGAACAGCUUCCAUGCCGUCGACCCGGACGGUGACGGUCAUGUGACGUGGGAUGAAUACCGAAUCAAGUUCCUCGCCAGCAAAGGUUUGAACGAAAAGGAGGUUGCAGAGAAAAUCAAGAAUAACGAGGACCUGAAACUGGAUGAAGAAACUCAGGAGGUUCUGGAAAGCCUGAAGGAUCGCUGGUUUCAGGCCGACAACCCCCCUGGCGACCAGCUGCUGAACGAGCAGGAGUUCCUGUCCUUCCUGCACCCGGAACACAGCCGAGGAAUGCUCAAGUACAUGGUCAAAGAGAUUGUGCGCGACUUGGACCAAGACGGUGACCAGAAGCUGGCGCUCUCAGAGUUCAUCUCGCUGCCCAUGGGCACCGUGGAGAACCAGCAGGCCCAGGACAUGGACGACAACUGGGUCCGCGAGCGGAGGAAGGAGUUUGAGGACGUCAUCGACUCCGAUCGCGACGGCAUCGUCACCAUGGAAGAACUGGAGGAGUACAUGGACCCGAUGAACGAGCACAACGCUCUGAACGAAGCCAAGCAGAUGAUCGCCGUGGCCGACGAGAACCAGAACCACACCCUGGAGCUGGACGAGAUCCUCAAGUACAGCGAGUACUUCACGGGCAGCAAAUUGAUGGACUACGCCAGGAACGUCCACGAGGAAUUCUGAAUCCAAAAGGCCCGGUUUGAUAUUUGUUUGCUUUCGGAGCCGACCUGAGCCGGCCCGUAGGACGUGCAGGCGGCGCCGGCCUUCCUGUUGAAUGUGUCGAUUUGCGUGCUUAAUGUGUUGGCAGUACGGCAGUACGUGUAUUUGAGACUUACUGGUAAUGAGACUGAAAGUGUACAGUGUAAAUAUUCAAACUACUCACAUACAGCAUUGCUUUUUAACAUCACUAAGCACCGCCCCCCGUCCUUCAAACAGCUUUCAAAACAAACGACCAUGAAUGAAUAGCAAUGUUAUGAUACAUGGUACACAUUAAAAGGUGGGGGACAGGAUGUGUACUCGGCAAACUAA